AUGGCUACUGUCGCAACCAUCUUCCCCUCCCACCCCGCUGCCAUGACUCUGGUCUACCCUACUCCCCCUACCACUCCUACUUCGCCCACCUUCUUCCAUCCUGCCAAGCGCUCCGCUUCCACCCUCUCCUCCCCCAUCGCUGCCAAGACCCCCACUCAGACCUUCCAGAUCCAGUCCCCCGCCCCGAACUAUGCCCUCCUCCGCUCGCACCACGUCUCUGCCAUCAAGUACAUCAUCGCCAAAGUCCGCUGGCAGCAGGCCAACAACUCCUACCUUCCUGGAGAGUCAGCAUGGCAAGAGCACAAUGCCAUGAUCAAGAGGCUCGAGGAUGAGCUCAAAGCUGUCGAGGCUGCUCAGAAGGACCUUGACCGUUUCCCUACCUUCUGCCACGCCCCCGUCGCCCCUCUCGAGACCAAGCCCUACGGCCCCCAAACCAAAGAGCAGGUCGAGAAGGCUCAGGCGGAGGCUGAGCGCAAGGACAAGGAGAUGGACCGUGAGAUCGAAAAGCAGUUCCCCUUCAUCAAGCAGCUCUUCAUCGGCCCCAGGACCAAGCAGCAGGCGCGCAACGACAGGCAGCUUCGCAAGAACCUCAAGGCGGGUGAUCUCAUGGACAUCACUGAGCUCCUCCCGUCCGAGAACUUGCGGGCGGCGAUGGCGGCGGCGGGUCAGGGUGAGAAGAAGGCUGAGAAGAGGCGGCCAUACCAUGAGGUCCGGAUGGAGAGGGAGAAGGCCAAGGUCAAGGCGAUCCUUGAGGAGGAGGAGGCGAGAAUGGCAAAGCUUCCCGCUGUUGAAAAGCCGGCGCGGAUCGGCCCCAUCACCAAGGAGGAGCACAUGGCUUCUCUCCCCGUCUUUGGUCCCCCUACCCUCGGCGAGGCUCUCCUUCCUAUCCAGCGGGAGCAGCGCCACAUCAUCCUCAACUUCCUCCGUAAGCCGUGGCAGCAGUAUGACGAGGAGGCUGCGCCGCUUUUGGAGCGUUUGGGGCGGUUUGCUGUCAAGCGUCUGAACCAGGACAAGGACAAGGAGGCAAAGCAGGAGUAG